ACACCCUGGUAUUAGGGUGAGUGACAGCUAUCUAGUGUUCCCCACUUUGUAUGUGUUUUAGUGGUUUUUUCUUUCUUUCUUUCCACCUAAUCAUUUCCUUUUUAAGUUCUCUCAGUCAAACUAACUUCUUCAACAACAGCAACUCUCUCCAAAAUAAAAUUCUGAAGUUGAACCCUGUCCAUUACUUUUUUUCUUUCUCUUCAAUCUUCUUAUCAUGGCUUCUGAUUCUCAGACCGCAACUGCAACUACAUCUGAAAAGCCACUGGAUAACAAGGUCGACGAGGAGGCUAAGUUGAUGGAAAAAGAGAUUGUUUUGGAGGAAACUGUGGAUGUUGUGAAGGAUAAUAAACGUUCAGAUUCAAGCCUGAGUGUUACUAAGGAGGAGAGCCUUGAUCAAACUCCUGGUGGUGAGCCGGAGAAGGAACCACAUGGAGAUGUGGAAGAGGUUGUAGCAGUUGUGAAAGCAGAGGAAUCUACAGAGAAGGUGGCAGAUGUAAAUGGUGAGAAGAAGGUGGAACUUGAAGAACCAACCCCUGUGAAACAGAGUGUUGAAGAAGUUAUUGUUGAAGCUGCUGAUGCAGAGAAAGAAGAAGGGAAAGGAAAAGAAGAAAAUGGUGAGGAGAAGGCAGGUGAAAGUGGAACUAAAGAACCAGUCCCUGUGAGUGUUGAAGAAGUUAGUCUUGAAGUUGCUGAUGCAGAGAAAGCAAAAGGGAAAGGAAAAGAUGAAGAUGGUGAGGAGAAGGUAGCUGAACAAGUAGAGCUUAAAGAACCAAUCCUUGUGAAAGCAGAAGAGAAGCCAACCGUUGAAAGUGUAGCUGAAGAAGACAAGAAGGAUAAGGAUGAGACCAAGGUGGUUGAUGUUUCUGAAUCAACAGAUGAAGCCGGAUGCAAACAAAUUGAUGUUCAACCUGUGAGAGAAGUACCUGAAGAGACUGUAGAAGACAAGAUCAAAGACGUUGAGGUUCUUGAAGUCACACCAAAGGCAGAGGCUUCCGUUGUUGUUGAGGCUCAGCCUGAGAAAGCAAAUGUUGAAGUAGUGAAAACAGAGGAAACCGUUGAAAGUGUAGCUGAAGAAGACAAGAAGGAUAAGGAGGAGACAAAGGUGGUUGAUGUUUCUGAAUCAACAGAUGAAGGCAAACAAGUUGAUGUUCAACCUGUGAGAGAAGUACCUGAAGAGACUGUAGAAGACAAGAUCAAAGACGUUGAUGUUCUUGAAGUCGAGGCAAAGCCAGAUGAUUCUGAAAAAGUUGAGGCUCAGCCUGAGAAAGCAAAUGUUGAAGUAGUGAAAACAGAGGAAACAAGAGAAGAAGAAGCUAAGGUUGAGCUUGAGGGAAAGCUGGAGGAUACCAUUGUUGUUGAGACCAAAGAGACUUCUGAAUCUGCCCCCCAAAAGGAGACAGAAGGAGACGCUUCUUCUCCUGCUGAUCUCACUGAGAAAGCCAUUACUGAGGAGAAGCAUGUAGUGGAAGAACCAUCAAAGGAUGAGCCAGAGAACGUAACUGAAGCAAAAGGCAUCGUCACCAAAGCACCAGCUACAGAAGAAGUAAACAUCAAGAAGGAUGAUGAAACACCUGCUGCAGAUGUCAAGAGCGAAGAAGAGACUUUGAAAGAAACCGAAGGAAACAAACAAGAGGAAUCAGUCGCAGAGAAAGUACCAGAGGUUGUAGAGACAGCACCCGUUGUUAAAGAGAUCGAAGAACCGGAAGUCACAGCCAAAGAAGUUGUUGUUGUUAAGCCAAAAAAUACAAACAGCAUCAUGUCAAAGGUGAAGAAGUCUCUUGUUAAGGCAAAGAAAGCAAUCAUUGGGAAAUCUCCAAGCUCCAAGACUAUCACAACUGAAGAAGCCAAAGAAGAGAUCAUCAAAGCCAAGUGAUUAAAGAAAAAGAGUCAUGGAUUCCUUGAAAGUCUUUUCAGGUAUUUUAAAUUUAUUUUGUUGGUUUUGUUUCUUUGUGUUGGGGGGAAAGGAAAAAAAGACAGAACAUUCUUUUUAUUUUGUGUUUGAUGGCUUUGUGUGGUUAUAACUUUUAUGUCUGUAAAACCUACAAAGAUUUGGCUUUGUGUUAUGGAUGUGUGUUUGAGAAA